GGCACAGUUGGGGGAUUGCAUGGGCCUUAGUGCCUUGGUGCCUUGGUGCCAGAUGCUGCUGGAUGCUGCCUCCGUUCACCGGAUUGCACCCAGGCCUUAGACAACGAUGUGUGGGGCUCAGCCAUGCGAGAUCUACCGCGCACUUGAGCAUCACCAUUGAUAUCUUGAUAUCCAUUGAUAUUUACAAUUCAUCAUAAUUCAUACACAAUAAAUUCCAUUAAUCAUUAUGAGUCACAUUAAUUUGUCCAUGAGUCACCAUGAAAUGUUCCUGCGUUCAUGGAAAAUUUAACAUUGGGGUGUCAUCCAGGUGCCGCAUGGAACGCUUUCGGACCACGAGGGUCCGGGUAUCUGGAGGGCCAACCUGCUGAGUCACCGGAAGACGCUGCGAGUUUCGUCUCGGAUUCGUCUACCGAAGAUUUGCCAGAAAGCCACCUCACGCCCGGGUCGAUCCUUUCGGCCAUCUUUGGACAUCGAAGGCCAGCUUUGGAGGUGAGGAGGCACAGGAGCCACGAGUUUCGCGCCAUGCGAUGCUUCGAGCGCUGCUGUUCCUAUGACUUCCGGCGCAGGUCUCACUUUGCAGAGCAGGUGGACCACCUGACUUUUAUGCAGCGCACUAACUGA